AUGGCAAUCCAACAGCAGAAUACUCAGCAGCAGCAGCAGCAGCAGACCCUUCUUCCAGAUCUGAAACAGAAAUCACAGCAGCAGCAGCAACAACAGCAGCAGCAGCAGCCAAGGCAGAGCCAGUCUCAUCAUCCCCCACAAACCAGCCCACAUAAUCUACGCCCUCCAUCUGCAUCAACAACACCCCUACCAUCUCCCAAGCUGCAUGCAUCCCCAGGUUCAGCCAGCAAUGCAGGAUCAGUGCACAGCAUGUCUCCGGCAGCGCAGCAGCACUCCUGUCAGAAACAACAGCAGAAUUCUCAAAUGAGCAGUGGUUCAAUGAUUGACAGGGUCAACGCUCCUCCACUCUCGCACCCUCCCCAGCAAUCGCCCAGUCUGUCCCAGCUGUUUUCCACUCCAGACACUUCCCCACGAAACUCCAGCUUCACAUCUCCACCUAGCGGCGGCUCCAGUAUGAAGCUGAAACACAUGAGCCCAUCUAAUGCCCAGAGCAACCAAGAACAAAGUUCUAGUUUCAUCAGCACUCAGAAAGGAGGCAGCUUCUCUCAAGCAUCAGCCCAGCAGCCCAAAAACCAGUACUCUGUGGACAAGAUCAUAGAGCAUCCAAACAACACCAGCUCCUCGGUUCAGUCCAGACACCCCAGCGAUAGUUUUAAUUUUACAAACAUUGGCUCCAAUGUGACAACCACCACCGCCAUCCCCAGUUCUGGGACCAUGCCCUUGACUUCAGAUCCCAGCGGCAGUGGGUUCUCCUUCUCCUUGUCCUCCACCAAUCCACAUCAGUCAUCUUGCAGUGCCAACAUAAACACCAGCAGUAACAACAGUAACAGUGGUUCUGUUUCCUCUAUGCAGUCAGUCCCACCUCCCAGCGGAGCUCAUGUUACUCACAACACCCCGUACCUCAACCCAUUCUUCCCCCCGCCACCACCGAUGAACCUCCCAUCCUCGGCCGGUUCAUCCUCUCAUCACAGCCUGGCCAUGCAUCCGCUGGGUAACAUGGAGAUCCAGCAUCCCACCUCCCGACCUUCCAGCGGGAGCUCAACUGCUGCAGCAUAUGGGAUAGGUCCAUCCAGCUUGAUGACGUUUGGAAGCCACCCCAAGCUCGACAUCCCGCCAAUUUCCAAAUCCCCAACGUAUAAUACAAACAAUCUGUCUUCGAACAACAACCCCAGCGGUAGCACAAGCAACAGUAUCAACACAGGGAAGUCGCCCAGUGCUGGGAGCUCAUCCAGCAAUAAUGGAAGCUACUCACACACCAGCAGCAAGCAGAGCAUUGAUGCCAACAGCAGCCGGUAUCAGGCCUCCAAGUCUACAGCUGAAUCUAUCUACCAGCAGCAGCAGAAGCGGCCCAAUACCAUACAGCAUCCACCUGCUAGCAUGAGUCAUAUGGAUUCAAUGGCACGAUUGUCUUCAUCAGCACACAAUAAUAGCUUUUUUCCUAUGGGUUUCCCUGCAUCGUCAAGUGCAUCAUUGUCGUCAGCGUCGAUGCCGCUGCGCCAUUUACCGGAUACCCGAGACAUCUCCUCGCGAACUCCUUAUGACUAUCCUCCCGUCCCACAUCACCCAGCCAUGGGAUUUCCGCAUCCUCAUUCACAGCUGUCAUCAGGGUAUGGAACACAUCCCUCAUUCGCUCGGGACUGUGCCAGACUUGAAGCCAGCCACCAUCAGCAACAGCAGCAGCAGCAGACUCAACAUCAGCAGCAGCAGCAGUCACCCAGAAAGCAGACAACACCGAAAAAGUCAUCCACCAGCUCUUCCGCUGGGUCAUCCAGCAACACUGGGAACUCAAACGCUGCCAGCGGCGGCAGCAGCAGCAGCACCUCCAGCCAUAGAGGGGGUGGGGGUAGCAGCGGCACAGGGAGUGGCUCAGGCAUGAACCAGGAUCACAGCCACAGCCCUGCAGCCUCUUCUAGCCGCGUGACAGCUUCCCAACACCACUCCAGCCAGCAGCAGAACACAGGGUCAUCUUCCACCAACUCCUCAUCCCACAGCCGCAGCAGCAGCAGUGCCCAGAAAAGAAAAACCACUUCCUCUUCCUCGUCAUCGAAGAAAAAGAGCACGGCAUCCCAACACACCGGCUUUCCUGUGGAUAGCAUGGAUGCAAACAUGUCACAGAGCAUGUUUGAUUCCUCUUUUCCUUACUUAAAUUUCCCAACACUUGCUCAAAGUAUGUCUCCGCCAGCCGCCCGCCCACACCAAGCGGAUACACCAUUUUUGGGCGGGAUGUUCAACACGCAGCCUAGACCUAUAGCAAAUUCAAGUGCCAAAACGGCAGAUAUGACGGCCUCACACUUUCCAUUGUUUCCUUCCAGAGCACAGAACUCUUUCUUCCAACCUGCGGGCUUCGGCAUGAACUCCAUGACAGGCAACCAUGGCAAUCCGACUGCAGGUAUUUCUCCACACUCUAUGGGAGUGCCCCCGCACAUGUCUGCCUUUGGGCUGUUCGGAAAUGAUACCACAGGAGCUCCAGACAAUAUCUCUUCUAACAAAUUUCUUCACACGAACCCCAUACUUCCGGGCAGCCACCAAACCAUGGACCACUCCCUGCAGCACGGUCACCAGGCCGCCGCCUCGCUGUACCACACGCGACCACACUCAGCUCAGUCACACAUGAUGGCUGCUUUUUACCAGCAUGGCUUCGACACUAGAAGUCACAUGGGCCAGCCCUUUAAUGGGUCCAUGGGCCCACCACCCUUCCACACACCCGGCCUUCCACCCAUCAACUUUUCUAUGCAUGACACACACUGA